CCGAACCCAGUACGAAAUGUUAAUGGGCGGAACUAUUAAAAUCGGAUUGGAUCCAUCGGAUAACUGCACGUCUGGGUACCUAUUAAUUGACAGCACUGCCUAGCGGGAGGUAACAUGCCUAGGGUUUUCCUAUAAUAUAUGGUUCCCGUCACAUGCAACCAUUAUGUAUUAACAUGCCUUGUCAUACCAGCAUCCAAACCGGCAGCGAAAACAAUGUGGACAGUCUCCAACUAUCUAUACAAAGCCAACAAGAUUUAAAAAAAAUAAAAAAGAAAGAUAAUAUAAAUAAAUAAAUAAAUAAAUAAAGCCACUGAGGGAUGCUCGCCAGAUGUCUCCCUCUAAUCUGCAACUAUUCAAAGAAUUCGUGAUCCGUGUAUCGUGCUGAAGGAAGCCACAGAGAAUCAGCGUCAAGACUCCCACUCUCUUUCUCUUCACAAGUUCAUGCAUCCCAGACCACCUAUAUAUACAGUCGUCCACCCCUCACAUGCUCCAUCAUCACCACCACUCCUCUCUCUCUCUCUCUCUCUCUCAAAUGGCUUUUUUCAAUGGCAUGAAAAUACCCUUUUAUCUGUUUCUUAUUGCAAGUUCUAUCGACCUUUGUUUGGGAGUGAGGCACCUGGCCUCCCUCUAUGUACCACCACCUACGUUACUGACGUACCACAAAGGAGCCAUUCUAGAAGGUGAGAUUCCCAUCUCUAUUCUGUGGUAUGGUAGAUUCACCAACACCCAAAAAUCCAUUGUCGCCGAUUUCAUCCUCUCCCUCAGUCUACCACAACAAAAGGGUGUCUCGCCCACAACGCCAUCUAUCUCCCAGUGGUGGGAAACAAUGAAUAAAUACUCCGAAAUGGCUGGGAAGAAGAAGGCCCAAGUCAUCUUAUCCGUCCAAACCUCUGAUGAAAACUACUCUCUUGGGAAAACCCUCAAAAGGUCUCAGAUACUCGAGUUGGCAACGAAAUCGGGUCCGAGACCCGUCGGGGUGGUGCUCGUCCUGACAGACAAAGACGUGGCGGUAGAGGGCUUUUGCAUGAGCGGAUGCGGGUCUCACGGAUCCGACUCGGAUAAGAGAUGGGCUUUCGUCUGGGUUGGGAACUCGGAGACUCAGUGCCCGGGUCAGUGCGCGUGGCCGUUCCACCAACCAAUCUACGGACCGCAAUCUCCGCCCUUGGUUGCCCCCAAUGACGAUGUUGGCUUGGAUGGCAUGAUCGUAAAUAUCGCGGGUCUUUUGGCCGGAACUGUAACGAACCCUUUCGGGAACGGGUAUUUCCAAGGACCCGAAGAUGCGCCGCUGGAGGCGGCAUCGGCUUGUGCGGGGGUGUAUGGUAAGGGGGCGUACCCUGGUUACGCUGGGGAGCUUUUGGUGGAUUUGAACUCGGGCGCCAGCUACAAUGCGCAGGGGGUGAAUGGCAGGAAGUGCCUUCUACCGGCCCUGUUUGACCCUUCUACUUCUUCGUGUUCGACACUGGUGUGAGUUGGGCCCAGUGUAUCUAGGCCUGGCCCAGUUAGCUUUUGGGCUUUAAGUGUGUACAUAACUCACAAAUGGUAUUAGAGCAUAAGUUCUCUGAUUAUUUGUUUCCACAUUGUCGUUCGUGUCCAAUUGUAUUUUUUUUUUAUUUUUUAUUUUUGUCCCAGUUAAGGAAAAAAAUCUUCGAUACUCUGGCAGACUCUGAUGAUGAUACGCAGGUACCUAAUUGCUUAGAAAUUAUAUCCCACCUUGCAGUAAGUUAUGGUUCUCAAUUUAGACGUGUCAUGAGCCAAAAUUUUCGCUUA